AUGUGAUAUCACCGCGCCUUGUAAAAGUCGUGCUUAAUAUCGUGUUUGACGGAUAAUUAAUUUAGUCUGGGAUGUCCAUUAAAAGCAAAACAUCAAAGUGAGACUUCAGCGGAGCUUCUGCGUUUUCACAACCAGCCAGCCAGCCAGCCAGCCACCACUACAGCCACUGUUGGUAAUUACAGCCCGCAUCUGUGCGCCCUGCUCCGGUCAUCAGAGCAGCGAUGCCUCCCGGUGUUGUUACCGCGCCACGGAGCUCCUCAGCCGGCUGCUUCUGCGCCUGCUGCGGGGUUCAGAUGAGACCUUAUUUCACCGAGAACUCCGUGAUCUCUCAGGGGGACAUUUAUCAGCUCAUCAGUGAAAGUUUCCUGACAGUUAAAGGAGCUGCUCUCUUCUUACCUCGAGGAAAUGGCUCCUCUUCGUCAACUGCCUCUCGCUUCUCACAGCUGCGCAGCAAACAUGCAGGAGACAUCCAGCAGCAUCUACAAACCAUGUUCACUCUCCUCAGACCGGAGGACAACAUCAAACUGGCGGUUCGUUUGGAGAGUGUCCACUCUCAGAUCACCCGCUACAUGGUGGUGGUCUCAACCAAUGGUCGUCAAGACACGGAGGAGAGCGUGGUACUGGGAAUGGAUUUCAGUCCUGUGGACAGCUCAUGUUCUGUGGGGCUGGUUUUGCCCUUAUGGAGUGACACGUUGAUACACCUGGACGGGGAUGGGGGUUUCAGUGUGUCAACUGAUAACAGAAUCCAUGUAUUCAAGCCUGUUUCUGUGCAGGCCAUGUGGUCGGCCCUUCAGUCACUCCAUAAAGCAUGCGAGGUGGCUCGUUGUCACAACUACUUCCCAGGCAGCUUGUUCCUCACCUGGGUCAGCUACUAUCAAAGCAGAGUCUACUCCGACCAGGCACGCAUCAACGAGUGGAACGCCAUGCAGGAUGUGCAGUCACACCGUGCCGAUUCGCCCGUUCUCUUCUCUGAUGCACCUACAGAAAGAGAGCUGACAGAGCGUCAGAUCAAAAGCAGUUUGAGGGAGAUCAUGAUGCAGAAAGACCUUGAGAAUGUCACCUGCAAAGAGAUCCGAACAGAGCUGGAAAUGCACAUGACUUGCAACCUGCGAGAAUUCAAGGAGUUCAUCGACAAUGAGAUGAUUGUCAUUCUGGGCCAGAUGGACAGUCCUACAGAGAUCUUUGAUCACGUCUUCUUGGGAUCCGAGUGGAAUGCAUCCAAUCUGGAGGAGUUGCAGACGAGCGGGGUUCAGUACAUCUUGAAUGUAACAAGGGAGAUUGAUAACUUCUUCCCCGGUGUGUUUGAGUACCACAACAUCCGUGUUUACGAUGAGGAGGCCACUGACCUGCUUGCUUAUUGGAAUGACACUUACAAGUUUAUAUCAAGAGCCAAGAAAGCUGGAUCUAAGUGCCUGGUGCACUGUAAAAUGGGCAUAAGUCGCUCAGCAGCCACAGUGAUAGCGUAUGCCAUGAAGGAGUACGGCUGGGAUCUGAAAAAAGCAUUUGAUUACGUCAAGGAGCGUCGAGCUGUGACCAAACCUAACCCCUCUUUUAUGAAACAGCUGGAAGAGUACCAAGGCAUACUGCUGGCCAGCAAGCAGAGGCACAACAAACUAUGGCGUUCUCACUCUGACAGCGAUCUGUCUGAGCAUCAUGAGCCACUAUCUAAAUCUUACGCCCAGCCGCACAGCCUGGGUCGCUCCGACCCCCAUAACCAGGCCAAUAGCAUGCCUGGUCCCUCUGUGAAGGAACUUCUUGAUUCACUGGGAACUUCGGUCAGCACUUGCAAAACAACACACUCCAUGAGCCAGCCUGAUACUGGCAUCCAUUCCAAUCAACUCAGCUCUUCUCUCUCUGAGGGGGUGGCGGCUCUAUCAGGAGAUGCUGAAGCUCGAAGGCUCAAGGCUCCUUCUAAUUCUGCUGUAGUCCAAACCAUCCAGUUGGACCCCCCUUGUCCCCAGUCCACAGCUGGCUCUGUGUCUCUGCUAUCUUCUCAGCUCUCCAAUGGCUUAUGUGACUCUGAGGAGAAGCCCUCAUCACCUCCUCUCUCCCAGCCAAGGGCCGCCACUGUAGUGCCCAGUCCUCAAAAGACAGACAUGGUGACUGUUGCACAGUCUGUUGUAGUGGGCCAGCCUCACCCGCCUCCAUCCGUUCACCACCACCCCGUCUCCCCUGCUCCAUCCCCAGCUCCAGUCUGCAUGGAUGAGGUUAUUAAACCGCAGGUGCUGUCCUGCUCUCUGCCUGUGAUCACACCGAUGUUCGUGUCAGUGCCUGAGCCCAUGACCACACAAACACCAAGCACACAACAGGCUGGACCACAGAGUCUGUCCGCACAAGUGCCUGUCAAAAAAACAGACUCUGACCAACGGAUGUGUUUGGACAGUUUAGCAGCACAUCCUCCCUCCACUAGUGAUUUUAUCAGCUACCCCAGUGCCAUUCCACAAGACAACGAGUUGUUGUUCGGCCACAGCGCAGAUCACAUUAACUUUUUCAGUGCCAGAGAAAAGUUUAAGGGAAUGAGUCAAGAUGGUAAAACUCAGUGUGCUGCAGUGCAGCAGUCACCCCAGCUAAAGAGUUGCGGCAAGGAACAACAGCUGCCUCAGGAGGUCUCCACUAGUGAGGAGAAGGAGGAGGAAAAAAGAAAGGAAAUGAUCAUCCCUGUGCAGGUCACAGGACUGAAGCCUGCAGUGCACACAGAGCCUCAGGGCUCCCAGGACCAGGAAGUGAGGAAGUCAAGGCAGGAAAUAGAUGGAGACGUUUCAUCACACAAGGAAGCUGAGAGUGUUAAAGAGGAAGUGAAAAACAAAGAAGAAGAGGAAGAGGCCGCUCCUGGUCGUCUUUACAGCGAUUGGACAAGGGGGUCCGUGCGGCGCGUCACACGACAGCUUGAACAAAGAUUGAAACAGGAGCACGAGACUCCGUCACCCUCCUCAUCUCCACCGUCCCUCUUCGGCAACCCCUCCUGUGCUCAGCGGCGUCCAGCUAGUGUCCAUGCUGCGACAAUGUCCAAUCCACAGGAUGGGUCAGUUGGCUUGCAGGUGUCAGAAGUUAGCAGUGUGCAGGAAGAGCAGGAGGAUGACAGGAAGUUUCGACCACUUAAAAGUGGUAAUGUAGUUGAGAUGGAGACACGAGGGAUUAAUGAUGGAAGCACAAAAGAACACAAACUCCAGCCUGCUGACACUAGACUGUUCUCUACCUCUUCUCCAUUCCACCGCUCUGCCCAUUCUCCCUUUGCCUCUGUCAACUUCCUGUGUUUGGAGGGCGUGACAGAGUUGGAGUCAGGCACAGACUGGGACUGCUUCACAGAGGAACAUCACAGUGAUGUUAUCAUGAGGGAGACAUGGGAGACUUUGUGCGAACUGGGUGCCUUCCUGCAGCAGGUGAGCAUGGACGGAGCCUGUAAGGCCAGGUGUGUGGACCAGGUGUUUGACUUUGGUGCUGGAACCACUCAGAAGCGAGGCAGCAGCGUCCAGAAGAGGGUCAGAGAGGUGGAAGCGAGGAUUCGCCAGGCAGGACUGACACCUCCAUCCCUGAUGAAGCGCUCAGCCUCUCUGGCCAAACUCGGCUGUCUGGAGCUACUCGCCAAUGACCUGAGUGAGUGGGAGUUCAGCCGCUCCUCCGCAGCCCCGUCCUCCACAGAACCUCCGAUCCACACAGCUAGUGAGGAGUCCAAGAAGCAGCGGGUCCACCGUUCUCCCUCCUCAGCUGGCAAGCAGCUAGAAGUCCUCGGAACAGGUGCGGAGAAGCUCUCUGAAGCUGGAGAAACCUCACCAGGAGUCCCUCCACAAGCUAGUCUGCAGAGGAGAGAAUUCCCGAACUCGGACCAAAAUUCUCUGCACAUGCCUGUGCUGACACCUGCGGCAACAAGGCAGCAAUAUGGAAGGACUCACCCCCUGAGGCGGCUUAAGAAAAGAACUACUAGUACCCUGUACCACACCAUGUAACCCUCACUGUGUGAGUGCGUCUGUGAUGUGUGUGUGUGUGUGUGUGUGUGUGUGUGUGUGUUUGUGUGUGUGUGUGUGUGUGUGUGUGUGUGUGUGUGCGCAAGAGAGAGAGAGAAAAAGAAACAGAGAGGGGGAGAGGGGGGGUUCAUGCACACCUGUGAAUAAUGGAAAUCAAGUGCAUAAUGUUGGAUUUAUUCAGCAAAACAAACCAAUGCCUCUUGCCUUAAAGGACAUAUUAAAACUGUACAUUUUAUCCCCUGUAGAUCCGCCAAGGGUCUCUGUGAAAUCUGAGAAACAUUUCUCAGUGCAAGAAAAGUGAUAAGGCUAUGAAGGGUCCGCUGAAUUGAAAUUAAAACUAUGAGUCAAAUUGGGUGACACGCUGUGUAACACUUUCAGAAGAAGUCACUUAAAAGGCAGCAAAAACAAUCAUCCAAAUGAAUACCUUUUCACAAAUAUUAAUAUUCCUGAGCCUGCACAUAUUCACUCUUCACAUCAUUGCUGGUUCCUCCAUCAUGAACUUGAUAUUUACUUGAUCGCUGUUUGUUCAUUGAAUAGUCUGACCUGAUGUUAGGUGGAAUGUAGCCUCCGUUUUCCUCUUCUCGUGAUGUCAUGUCUUCAUCCAUACUUGCUAGUCGUGCUGGGUAGCUGCAAAGAAAAUGCUAUGGCUGGUUCAAUCUGACAGACAAAUGAAUCUGCCUAACAUAUGUUCAACACUCAGACCUCUGUAACCUGCAGAUUUGCGCCAAAAUGAUCAUGUAACUUUGAUUCAUUGGCAGAAGUACUUUGUUCUGACAAAUAAUACCUAGCGAAGUCAAUUCUGCUGUCUGGAGACUGAUUUUAAAUGUUAUAUAACAGCAGUGCAUCUAAACGCAAAGAGCUCAGGUCGGACCACACACACACACACACACAACAGAUUAAUGUUUCCCCCCAAAGAGAGGUGUAUGCAGAGCUGGUGAAAGGAACAACAACUGAAAAUGGCUGCAUAAUUCUGCAGCAGCUUAUUUAAAAAAAAUGCAAAGAGAAGAGGCAUGCUAUUUGUUUUGUUUGUUUGUUUGUUUUAACUACAAGAUACCUCAGUAAGUCUGAACCAAAUCUGACCUGCACAAACAUCAGGCUCUGGAAUGUCUCAGUCUGAAACAAUUUCAACUUACUCGAUGAACUGAAGUAAACUUCUCUCGUGUCCUCUCACCGUUCUGAUGCCGCUCAAACUAGACAUGUUAUGUAUGUAUUACUGUGUGGGAGAAAAGGUAGGUUAGGGGAUUGGGAGCUGAAGGCAGAGUUUGUAUUUGUGAGUUUUCUGCUUUGUUCUCUUUGGGAUGUAAAUGUCUAUAUUGUGAGUGUUGACAUUUUAGGAACUCGACAUGUUUUUAUAUCUGGUUUGUGUCUGAGAGUGCGACUGUGUAGCACAACUUUACUACGUGGGUGUGUACUUUUCUUUUUUUAAUUAUUCCUUAUCUGUUUUGUACACAUUUUAGGAGUGUGCCUGUGACUGGCAAGUGAAGCUUCUCUGCAGUCUAUCAGAAAUGUCUGUACAGGGAGGUCUGUCAUACAUGCACUUUACUCCCUUUUUGUUUUUAAUGUGGCUUUUUUCUUUUUAUGUAUGGUUGCUACUUUGGGGGAGCAUGCUUAGGUAGUAGCAGCUGCUGGGUAUGUGUGUGUAUUGUCAAAAACUGAUUUUUUUUGUUUUAUUUUAAACUAUCAGUGUAAAUAUUCUUUUAUAUCAUGUGCUUCAACUGUGACCAUUAAACAAUGGAAAUUA